AUGCAGCGGCCCAACUUUCGACCCCCAACCCCUCCUUACCCUGGUCCUGGUGUAGGAGGGUGGGGUGGCUGGAGCGGCUUCCGGGGCACCCCGGGUGGGAGCGGGCCAAGGCCGCCUUCCCCUCGGGAGGCUUACGGGAGUCCGCACCACACGUCGCCCUAUGGGCCGCGUUCCAAGGCGUAUGGGAGCAGCCACUCUCCACGACAUGGCGGCGGCUUCCCGGGGAGCCGGUUCGGGUCCCCAUCCCCUGGUGGCUACCCUAGCUCCUACUCCAAGUCCCCUGCAGGGUGCCAGCAGCAAUUCGGCUACUCCCCAGGACAGCAGAUCCACCUCCAGGGUUCUCCAAGGACAUCCACUCCAUUUGGAUCAGGGCGUGAUAGAGAAAAAAGACUGUCUAAUGAGGUGGAAAAUUAUUUCAAGCCUUCAAUGCUUGAAGACCCUUGGGCUGGCCUUGAACCAAUAUCUGUAGCGGAUAUAAGCCAGCAGUACAGCAGUACUCAAACACCGCCAGGCAAAAAAGGAAGAUACUUUUGUUAA